AGUCACGUGACUCUCUGAUUCAAGUUUUCUCGCUCUUUCAACCAAGGCGGGCGGCGGCCCAAAAACAGAUUUGAAUGUGUCUUAUAAGUGCAGUUUUUGGUACAUGAAAAGGGAUUAUAUCAGUAAUUUUAAUCUUUAGGAUAAAAGACAUUUAUUUAGCUUCAAGAGACAUUUAAGUUUGCAUUACUUUGAGUAGUUUCUUUCUGAAAUAAAAGGCCGACAACAUUGAAAAUGGCGGACGACCCUUACGGAAGCGUGAGUGCACAAGAGUUGAAGUAUUUGGCAGUUGAUAGAAAUACUAUCAAUGAUCCUAUGAUCCAGGCUGAAUGGGCUUCCAAAAAAUUAAUAUGGGUCCCACAUGAACAGCAUGGAUUUUGCGCUGCAAGUGUCAAAGGCGAACAUGGAGAAGAAAUGGAAGUGGAGUUGGAAGAAUCCGGAAAAAGAGUUCGGGUUCACAGGGAUGAUUGUCAGAAAAUGAAUCCACCUAAAUUUAACAAAGUUGAGGAUAUGGCAGAAUUGACCUGUCUAAAUGAGGCAUCCGUAUUGUUUAACCUGAAAGAUCGAUACUACUCUGGUUUGAUUUAUACAUAUUCAGGUUUAUUUUGUGUUGUUGUAAAUCCAUACAAGAGAUUACCAAUUUACACAGAUAAAGUGAUAGAACUUUACAAAGGAAAGAAACGCCAUGAAGUUCCCCCUCAUGUGUUCGCCAUUACAGAUACUGCAUACAGAAGCAUGUUGCAAGAUAGAGAAGAUCAGUCCAUUCUUUGCACAGGAGAAUCUGGAGCAGGUAAAACAGAGAACACCAAGAAAGUUAUCCAAUACUUAGCCUACGUAGCUGCUUCUAACAGAACCUCUUCACAACAACGUUCAUCAGUGUCUAAUUUACAUAUACCCGGUAGUUCAAGUGGGUCAGAUCACCAUCAUUUGGGAGAGUUAGAAAACCAGUUGUUACAAGCAAACCCUAUCUUAGAAGCAUUUGGUAAUGCUAAAACCAUUAAGAAUGACAACUCAUCUAGAUUUGGUAAAUUUAUCAGAAUCAACUUUGACUUAUCAGGUUACAUAUCAGGAGCUAACAUAGAGACAUAUCUGUUAGAGAAAUCAAGAGCAGUGAGACAGGCCCCUGAUGAGAGAUGCUUCCAUAUCUUCUACCAGUUUCUUACUGGUGCAACACCACAACAAAGGAAGGAAUUCCUGUUGGACGACUACAAGAACUACCGUUUUAUGACAAGUGGCAGAGUACCUGUACAAGGUAUUGAUGAUACAGUUGAAUUCAGAUCAACAAUUGAAGCCAUGACAAUCAUGGGUAUCUCACCUGAAGAUCAAGCAGCCAUUCUGAGAGUAAUAUCAGCAGUACUCUUGUUUGGUAAUAUGACAUUCAAACAAGAGAGGAGCAGUGAUCAAGCUACUAUGCCUGAUGAUACAGUCGCCCAGAAAUCAUGCCACUUACUUGGUCUCUCAGUUACAACGAUGGUCCAGGCAUUCCUAAGACCUAAAAUUAAAGUUGGUAGAGACCAAGUUACUAAGGCCCAGACCAAAGAACAGGUUGAAUUUGCAACAGAAGCUAUUGCCAAAGCCUGUUAUGAAAGAAUGUUUAGGUGGUUGGUUACAAGAAUUAACAGAUCAUUAGAUAGAACAAAGAGACAGGGAGCUUCAUUCAUUGGUAUCCUGGAUAUAGCAGGUUUUGAAAUCUUUAAGAUGAACUCCUUUGAACAGUUGUGCAUUAAUUACACCAAUGAAAAGCUGCAACAGCUGUUUAACCAUACCAUGUUCAUCUUGGAACAAGAGGAAUACCAGAGAGAAGGAAUUGAAUGGAAAUUUAUUGACUUUGGUUUAGAUUUACAACCUACCAUUGAUUUAUUAGAAAAGCCAAUGGGUGUUCUUGCCUUAUUAGAUGAAGAGUGCUGGUUCCCUAAAGCUACAGAUAAAUCUUUCAUUGAGAAAGUUGUUUCCCAACAUUCCCAACACCCUAAGUUCAGGAAACCAGACUUCAGGGCAGAUGCUGACUUUAGUCUUAUCCAUUAUGCUGGACAGGUCGAUUACAGUGCCCAACAGUGGUUGAUGAAGAACAUGGACCCUCUAAAUGAAAAUGUGGUAUCCCUUCUACAGAAUUCAUCAGAUUCCUUUGUCAGUGCUAUCUGGAAAGAUGCUGAGAUUGUUGGUAUGGGAGCUACAGCCGGAGGAGACACAAUGUUUGGUUCAAGGACCAGAAAGGGAAUGUUCCGUACUGUUGGACAAUUAUAUAAAGAGCAAUUGGCCAAACUGAUGGCUACUCUACGCAACACAAAUCCUAACUUUGUUAGAUGUAUCAUUCCAAAUCAUGAAAAGAAGGCUGGUAAAAUAGAUUCACCUUUAGUAUUAGAACAGUUACGAUGUAAUGGUGUAUUAGAGGGUAUUAGAAUCUGUAGGCAGGGAUUUCCCAAUAGAAUUUUGUUCCAAGAAUUCCGUCAAAGAUAUGAAAUAUUAUGUCCAAAUACCAUUCCAAAAGGAUUCAUGGAUGGGAAGAAAGCUGUAGAAAAAAUGAUCAUGGCACUAGAAUUAGACCCUAACCUCUACAGAGUAGGACAAAGUAAGAUUUUCUUCAGAGCUGGUGUAUUGGCUCACCUAGAGGAGGAAAGAGAUCUCAAAUUGACAGAUGUAAUAAUUCAGUUCCAGUCAUUGUGUAGAGGUUUAAUAGCUAGGAGAAAUUACCAGAAACGAUUACAACAACUAAGUGCAAUAAGAGUUAUCCAGAGAAAUUGUGCAGCUUAUCUCAAGCUACGAAACUGGGCAUGGUGGAGACUGUUUACAAAGGUGAAACCAUUGUUGCCUGUGACAGGUCAGGAGGAGAAAUUAACAGUAAAGGAGGAAGAAUUGAGAAAAGUUGUUGAAGCAUUUGAUAGGUCAAAAGCAGAAGUACAGGAAUUAGAAAGGAAAUAUGCUCAAAUUAUAGAGGAGAAAUCUAUCUUAGCAGAACAACUACAGGCUGAGACAGAAAUGUGUGCUGAGGCAGAGGAGUCUCGAUCAAGGAUGUCAGCAAAGAAGCAAGAGUUGGAGGAUAUUUUACAUGACCUUGAACUUAGGAUAGAGGAGGAAGAAGAAAAAUGCAAUCAACUGAUUGAUGAACGGAAAAAAUUCAUGCAAACUGUUGCUGAUUUAGAAGAACAGUUAGAAGAAGAGGAACAAGCUAGACAAAAACUACAAUUAGAGAAAGUGUCAGCCGAUUCUAAAAUCAAGAAAUUAGAAGAAGACUUAGCUAUUCAAGAUGAUUCUAACCAAAAACUGUCUAAAGAAAGACGAUUCUUAGAGGAGAGAGUCAGUGAAAUACAAACACAACUUGUGGAGGAAGAGGAAAAAUCAAAACAAAUGACAAAAUUGAAAAAUAAAUAUGAACAAAUUAUUAAAGAAUUAGAAGAAAAACUUAGGAAAGAACAACAGGCUAGGCAAGAAUUAGAAAAAAUAAAGAGAAGAUUAGAGUCUGAGCUAAAUGAUCUUAGAGACCAAUUAAAUGAAAAGAGACAACAAGUUGAAGAUCUACAAUACCAAUUAUCCAAGAGAGAAGAAGAGGUUCAACAUGCACUUCAGAGUGCUGAAGAAGAAAGUGUCAGUAAAGCUUCCUCAAUGAAACAAAUGAGAGAGGUACAGAAUCAAAUCCAAGAAUUACAGGAAGACUUGGAAGCUGAGCGGGAGAGUCGGAACAGGGCUGAAAAACAAAAAAGAGAUAUUAGUGAGGAAUUAGAGGCUUUGAAAACAGAAUUUGAAGAAUCAUUAGAUGCUACAGCUGCUGUACAAGAACUCAGAAAUAAACGUGAAGAUGAACUAAGAGACUUAAAAAAGAGCUUAGAAGAUUCUCAAAAGAAAUAUGAAGGCAAUUUAUAUGAACUUAGAUCGAAACAUAACCAACAAACAGAAACAUUAAAUGAAGAAUUAGAAAAUGUUAAAAAGAGUAAAUCUUCAUUAGAAAAAAUGAAACAGACAUUAGAACAUGAAAAUGCAGAUUUAGCAAAUGAUUUAAAGGCUGUUCAAAUGGCUAAACAAGAAUCAGAACGUAAACGUCGACAAGUAGAACAAAAUUGUCAGGAGUUGACAGUCAAAUUAACAGAAAUGGAGAGAGUGAAAGGUGAUUCUUCCGACAGGGCAUCAAAACUCCAGAAUGAGUUGGACCAAGUUACUGCACAAUUAGAGCAAACUGAUGCAAAGUUGUUACAAGUCAGUGCCAAGAACUCCUCUCUGGAAGCUCAGCUGGCUGAAGCUAAUGAACAAUUGCAAGAGGAGACCAAAGGUAAACUGGCAGUUCAGUCCCGGUUACGACAAGCCGAGGACGACAACCAAGCAUUUAAGGACCAAUUAGAAGAGGAAGAGGAUCAAAAAGCAGCAUUCCAAAAACAAAUAUCUGAUUUACAAUUUAAGGUAACAGAAUAUAAGAAGAAGGCUGAAGACGAAACCAAAGUACAAGAAGCCUUGGAGGAAUAUAAGAAAAAGACAGACAGAGAAAUGGAAGCAAUGAAUGCCAAAUUAGAAGAAGCUAAAGCAAUAAAUGACAGAUUGGAAAAAUCCAAGAAGAAACUACAGCAAGAGGUAGAGGAUGCUAAUGUAGAAUUAGAGAGUCAAAGGUCAGCAUUUACACAGAGCGAAAGAAAACAAAGGAAAUUUGACCAGUCAUUAGCAGAAGAAAAGGCAGUGUCUGAGAAAUUAGCACAAGAGAGAGAUUUGGCUGAGAGAGAUAGCAGAGAAAAAGAAACAAAGAUCCUGAACUUGACUAGAGAAUUAGAUGAACUAAGGGAAUUGUUCGACAAACAGAAGUCUUUAACUACAUCUCAACAGAGAGAGCUGGAUGACCUUAUGUCCUCUAAGGAUGAUGUUGGCAAGAGUGUUCAUGACCUUGAAAAAGCCAAGAGAGCAAUGGAUGCCAUGUUGGAAGAACAGAAACAGAAGAUAGAGGAGCUGGAAGAUGAUCUGCAGACAACAGAAGAUGCCAAGCUACGUUUGGAAGUCAACAUGCAGGCCAUGCGGGCUCAAUUUGACAGAGAUUUACUUGCUAAAGAGGAAACUGUUGAGGAGCAAAAGAAAUCUCUUCUUAGACAGUUGAGAGAGAUGGAGGCUGAAUUAGAAGAUGAACGUAAACAGAGGGCUAAUGCUGUCAACAGCAGAAAGAAAUUAGAAAAUGAUAUUAAGGAUCUUCAACAACAAGCAGAGUUAGCUGUCCGUGUAAAGGAAGAUGCUGUCAAACAGCUCAAACGUGUUCAGGCUCAGAUGAAGGACAAUCAGAGAGAACUUGACGACGCUCGUCAGUCUCGGGAUGAAAUGCAAGCCUCCAUGAAGGAUAUAGAAAGGAAACUUAAGAAUUAUGAAGCUGACGUACUGAAAUUACAAGAAGAUUUGGCAGCUUCUGAGCGACAGAGAAGAAAUGCUGAGGCUGAAAGAGAUGAGCUUCAAGAUGAGAUUGGUAGCAGUGCUGCUGGAAGAUCUGCAUUCCUGGAUGAAAAGAGGAAGUUCGAAGCUCGUAUUGCACAGUUGGAGGAUGAAUUAGAAGAUGAACAAACCAAUAGUGAAAGCUUGGUAGACAAAGCUAGACGAAGUCAGUUACAGGUAGAUCAAUUGACAGCUGACUUGAAUUCUGAGAAAACAGUAACACAGAAAUUAGACAACCAAAGGACUUCAUUGGAAAGACAAAAUAAGGAAAUGAAGGAGAAAUUAAAUGAAUUAGAAAACACAUUACGUACUAGAACUAAAGCUACUAUUGCAUCACUAGAAGGAAAGAUUAGUAGUCUAGAAGAACAAUUAGAUAUAGAAUCCAAAGAAAGAAAUGCUAUGCAAAAGGUUAAUCGUAGACUAGAAAGGAAAUUUAAAGAAAUGACAGUACAGGCUGAGGAAGAGAGACGUCAUGCAGAUCAAAACAAAGAGCAGGCUGAUAAAAUGAUGAACCGUGUUAAAGCUCUGAAGCGUCAAGUUGAUGAAGCGGAAGAAGAAAUCACACGGUUAAAUGCACAGAAGAGAAAGAUACAGAGAGAAUUAGAUGAACAAAUGGAACAGAAUGAAACAGCUUCUAGAGAAAUUAAUCAAUUAAAGAAAUACAGGUCUGAUCGCUACAUUCACUCUUUGAGAUACAUACCAAGUGCUUCAAGAGCUGGAACUCGUUCAACUGUCCUGUCUUCCCUUAGAGCUGGUGAUCUUGAUGAUGAUGACGAUGCUGAUGAAACUAAAGAAAAUGCUGAAGCAUAACCAUAAUAACUAUUAUAUUUAAUUAUUUAGUUGUUUAUAUUAUUUAAAUGUUAUUAUAGCUCUCACAGCUUUGCCGAUAAAAACAAAUCGUCUUUUUGUUUUUGUUUCUUUUUUGUAUGGUCUUAUGUGACCUUUGUUUUGUUAAUUUUAUGUGAAUGAAGUAUUUUUAUACAAAAGAGAUCUGUAAGCCUUUGUUAGGUUUUCUAAAGAAGUGUGCCAAGUAUGGUAAAGUUGCAAAGCAGAUAAUAAUUAAAAAAAAAGCAUUUUGUAUGGCAGUGCUAUAGAUAUUAUUGCUUAUAACGAUAUUUAUGUAUAUUUUGAAUCAUAUUUCAUGAUUUUGGACAUAUUAUUAUAUGAUAAUUGAAUAUAUCAUUAUCAUGAUUUCCAUCCGCUGAAGAUCUUUCAAACUAUGAAAAAAAUAUAAAAUUUGAAAUUUGAAGAAAAAAAAAUUGAUUCAUGUCUGCAAAAUGCAAUAUUCUAUCAAGUGCUAUAUAACUAUUAAAUAGUUGCUAUUGAGUUGUAUAUAUUAGAAAAGUUUCAUCUUUAUAUGGACCAUAUGUCUAGUACCUCUACUGACACAUGAAGGCUCACAAUGGGCUGUAUUUGGGGCCUUCUUAUGUGAUUGAAAAUUAACAUUCUUGACAUUCUUAACAGUAUUUAUUUCAUAUCAGAAAACAUUUGUUGACAUUUUGAAAUGCUGGAAUUUCAUUUUUUAUUAUUAGGCAAUAAAUUUGCUAGUUAAAUGUUCUUCCUGAUGGUUAAUUUGGGGGAAAAAAUUAAAGUGAAGAAUGUUACAUGUACAUUAGUUUCCUAACCUAGAACCAUUUUUCAUACAUGCAUUCCAGCAGAGUUUUAUUUGUCCACAAUAUAAUCUUAUUUUUAUAAAUUGUUAGUGAUCGGUCAGUGAUAUGCAAUGGAAUAUAGGGAACAAUAUUUUGAAUAUUUUUUUGUCAUCAUUAUUUUUUUUUGUAUAAAUUGAUAUACAUUGAUUAUUUAGAUAUUUAAUAAAACAUUGCUUAUUGCUAGCUAAAACAAUAUUCAUGGUGAUAGCUCUGCUAUUUGGAUGGACAUCUUGAAUAAAGAAAUGUAACCAA